AUGUUAAUUGGCGUUUUUGUUCCAAUUUGUACUGUCGUUCACUGUUAAAUCAUUCUAUUUCAUGAUUCAGUCACGAUAACUUCGACAGUCGGUCGUCGCGGAGAAUCUUCAAGCAACGGACCUGUUGUCGCUAGCAGCCUCAGUGGCGACGCAGCCGGCACAACGACGGGCUCACCAACCAUCAUCUCGAGCGGCGGGGGCGCAGAAGAGACCGCUGGGCAGUGCAUGAAUUCGCGUUGGAAGUUCCGCGAGAGUGAGAGGAACAAAACACGCCUUCGUGACACCGACGGCUAUCGAAUCCGUGCUGCGGCUCUCUGCAUCAAAGGUCAGUCAGUAUAUUUAAAUGUUUUCAUAGUGUUUUCCGAAACGUCGCUUAGUCAGAAACCACGCAGAUUAUCUCUUUACCUAACUCAAAACUUAUAUUUGUUUUCUUGUGUUUUUCUGCAAUCUGCACAAACUGUUUGUCUGAAGAGAUGUGCGCGCUCUCAAUUUCUCUCAACUGCGCCAUGUAUUCUGCCAGUUCAAGUGGUUCCAUUUCCCAAGCCUUUUUCAUCUUUGCGGAAAGAUCCUUCGGUGCUGCGUCUAUGAUCUUUGUGCGUUCAUUGAAACAAGUCGUUCCCGACUUUUAAAGAAUUGACCGGGGCGCGUGAGAUGACGUCACGAGUGUGAAGUUCGUCGCCUAAUACUCGAGAAGAAUGUAGAACUGUUCAUUGUGUCUAUUUUGCAUCAUCGAACGAUUACAAAUGGGUAGAGAAAUAGACAGAUAUCAUUAUCUUUGUCUUGGACAUAAGACGAUAUUUCCAAGACAAAAAAUGUUUUUCACCAUCAUUGGUGUUUUGACAUGUUUAGCGAGAAGGGACCAGAUGGCAUAAAACAAAAAUAGAGAAGCGAAUACCUACAAAUAAAUUGGAAUAAACUUAUAGAACAUUUGUAAUGUUUUAGGGACUGGCAAGGAGACUCUUGUCUUGCUGGUCAGCGGCGGCAAAGAUGGUGGCAAGUGGGUUGUUCCUGGAGGCGGGAUCGAGAAAGACGAGUGUGCCGAAGAAGCUGCACAUCGGGAGUUGAUGGAAGAAGCAGGAGUACGUGCCAACACUUUGAAAAAGAUUGGAACAUUCCAGGUAAUUGAAGUCAGUCGAAUAGUUCACAAUCUAGAAGCUUUAGGACGACGUGCGCAUGCACAGAACUCAAGUUUUCCUGAUGGAAGUAUCGGAGGAAUUGCAACACUGGGAAGAGAACGAGUACGGGAGACAGCGGAUAUGGAUGAACUUGCUGGAGAGCACCGAAAAAGUGAAGCAAAAUCAUCGUCCGAUGCUCGAGGCUAUCCUCUUGUCGAGAUAG